AUGAGCCUUUCAAAGGAGCAGUAUGGGCAAAUUGUUAGCUUGUUGCAGCAUUUUCAGAUGGGAAACACUGGAGAGAAUUCAACCAGUGCAAACAUGUCUAGUGGAGCAUAUGUGAACUUUGCAGGUUUGAUUGCUUGCACUUCUUCAAUUGAUUUUGAUAAUCCAUCAUGCAAGUGUUUUAGUGCAAAAACUGACUUAUGGAUAUUAGAUUUCAGGGCAUCACACCAUAUGACUUUUAACAAAACUCACCUUCAAAACAUAGUAAGCCUACCAUAUCCUCUAUUAGUUAAACUUCCAAAUGGUUACAAAGUUAAAGUAACUGAAAUUGGAGAUGUAUCCCUGACACCUAUAAUUGUUCUGUACAAAGUCUUGUUCAUUCCAUCUUUCAAGUUUAAUCUAGUGUCUAUCAGUUCCCUAGCAGUACAUCUCAAAUGCGUUGCAUCAUUCUUUGACACUUCCUGUCUACUGCAGGCCCAUUCACUGAAGAGGCCUCUGGAGAUUGGAUAUCCUUUUGGCACAAAGGGGUACAAGGUGCUAAUUCUGGCCACUAAGAAAAUACAUAUCUCUAGAGAUGUUUCCUUCUAUGAGUCAAUCUUUCCUUUCACUUUCAACACUACUGUAAAUAAUAUUCCACCUAUAUUCCCUAAUGCACCAUUCAUUGAUAAUCCACCUGAUCACACUGAUACUUGUAUAUCUCAAAGCAUCAGUGAUCAGGAGAACACCAACUUCCCAAAUCUUGAUGCAUCACCUGUUACCUCCUCACUUAUAUCUUCCUCAUACGAGACACAAGUUCCAGUAGAACACCUUCAAGACAUGACUUCACCUCAACAAUCACUAGAGGAACCACUGGAAGCAGCUAUGUACCCUUCUUGGCAGAGUGCCAUGACACAGGAGUUUGAAGCUUUGUAUGCUAAUAACUCAUGCGACCUCGUCCCUUUACCUAAAGGAAAAUAUGCCAUUGGGUGUCGAUGGGUGUAUAAAGUCAAACAUAGAGCAGAUGGCAUUGUAGAAAGAUAUAAAGCAAGGCUAGUUGUUAAGGGGUAUACUCAACAAGCUGGUGUAGAUUACACAGAGACUUUCUCUCCAGUAGUCAAGAUGACCACUGUCAGGUCCCUCAUUGCCAUAGCAGCAACGAAAAAAUGGGUUAGUUUGCAAGUUGAACAAGUCUCUUUAUGGACUGAAACAGGCAAGCAAACAAUGGGUUCUUCCAUUAUUUUUGUAGCAGUGUAUGUAGAUGAUGUGUUGCUCACAGGGACUGAUUUUGAAGAAAUCAACCAGCUCAAGGCCUUCCUAUAUGACAAGUUCAAAAUUAAAGACUUGGGGCAGUUACAUUACUUCCUAGGACUAGCAAUCCUUUACAAAUUAGAUGGCAUUGUCAUUUCACAAAUAAAAUUUGUUUUGGACUUGUUGAAAGAAUAUGAGUGUCUUCACUACCCAGCCUUGACUUCUCCCAUUGAUCCUAUAGUAAAGCUGAAGGCAAAAGAGGGGGCUCCAUUGUCUGAUCAUACCUUCUACAGAAAGUUGGUUGGGAAAUUGAACUUCCUUACUAACACUAGAUUAGACAUAGCAUAUGGAGUCCAACAUUUCAGCCAGUUUUUGCAAGAUCCUAGGGAGCCCCACUUACAGGCGGCCUAUCAUAUGCUGAGGUAUUUGAAGAAGGAUCUUACUCUGGGUCUAUAUUUCAGCAAUGCAGAUAAUCUCUCACUAGUUGCCUAUUGUGACUCUGAUUGGGCAGCCUGCCCUGAUUCUAGAAGAUCAGUAUAUGGUUAUGUUGUGUUCUUAGGUGGCAGCCCCAUCAGUUGGAAAUCCACGAAACAAGAAACCAUAUCUCUCUCUUUAGCAGAAGCAGAAUAG